AUGAGCUCCCCCAGGGGAAUACUGCGAGGUGAAGGUGCUGUUUCGUUGAAGUGGCAGCGGUGGCGGUGGUGGCAGUUGUCUGUCAGUUGUCAGUGUGCUUCUGUUUGGAAAAGCGUGUGGUCGUGCGAGUGUUUUUGCCCGUGCGUCUCUUACUUUGACGCCUAUAGUGUUUUCAAGUUCUGGAUUACUUACCUCCUCCUCCCUCCAUUUGCUACCAUUGUCUACACCACAAGCUGGAGCGGGGACCGCGGCGACGACGACAUGCUGCUCCACGCGCGACGCCGGCGGCCCUCCGACUUGGGGGGUGAGUGAGCAAGAAGUCGGAAAAAGUAGGAGAUUGUUUUAAAAGUAGGAGCGGGCGCCCGCGCAGUCCGGGCACGCCACGCCACGCCACUGUUCGGAACGGAAACAUGGCGAGUGGCGCGGGUCGCCAUUCCAGCCACGUCGUACGUCACACG